CGCGCGGUCAGCAGAGGUACAGAGCAAAACCGCGGGCGGGGGGCUGGAGAGACAGGUUUAAGUCCUGCGUGCGUUCAGCAGGCGGAGGGAGUCUCGAGCGCCGAGACCCGGCUUGGUAAGGCCGGGGGCCCGAGGGCCUUCCCUGGUGAAUUCUGUUGAAUAGUCAGGCAAUACCCAGAUUCUUGCAUCUUGUCCCUCAUAGAAAUUACCUCAGGAUUCAUCUUGAUUGAAGCUGAAAAACUUGUUGAGUCAGUUUUUAGUGAAAAAGCAUUGACCUAGGAGCCAAGACCCACCUCUUCAUUAAUUUGAUAUUGUGCAAGUCAUCUUACCUCUCCGGAUCUCAGUUACACAAUCUGUAAAAAGAAGAUAAAAAUUCUUUACCUAUCUGAAGUUGCAGGUAUACAACAUAGCGAUUCAUCAGUUCUAUACAUUACCCAGUGCUCACUCCAAUGAGGUGGAGGACCAUCUUACUACAAUAUUGUUUUCUCUUGGUUUCCUGUCUACUUACUGCUCUUGAAGCUGUGCCUAUAGACAUAGACAAGACAAAAGUAAAAAAUCCUCAACCUGUGGACAGCGCAAAGAUAGAACCACCAGAUACUGGACUUUAUUAUGAUGAAUAUCUUAAGCAAGUGAUUGAUGUGCUGGAAACAGAUAAUCAUUUCAGAGAAAAGCUCCAGAAAGCAGACAUAGAGGAAAUAAAGAGUGGGAGGCUAAGCAAAGAACUGGAUUUAGUAAGUCACCAUGUGAGGACAAAACUUGAUGAACUGAAAAGGCAAGAAGUGGCAAGGUUAAGAAUGCUAAUUAAAGCUAAAUCGGAUUCCCUUCAAGAUACAGGCAUAGACCACCAUGCUCUUCUAAAACAAUUUGAUCACCUAAACCACCUAAAUCCUGACAAGUUUGAAUCUACAGAUUUAGAUAUGCUCAUCAAAGCGGCCACAAGUGAUCUGGAACACUACGAUAGGACUCGACACGAAGAAUUUAAAAAAUAUGAAAUGAUGAAGGAACAUGAAAGGAGAGAAUACUUAAAAACACUGAAUGAAGAAAAGAGAAAAGAAGAAGAAUCUAAAUUUGAAGAAAUGAGGAAAAAGCAUGAAAAUCAUCCCAAAGUUAAUCAUCCAGGAAGCAAAGAUCAACUAAAAGAGGUAUGGGAAGAGACUGAUGGAUUGGAUCCUAAUGACUUUGACCCCAAGACAUUUUUCAAAUUACAUGAUGUCAAUAAUGAUGGCUUCCUGGAUGAACAAGAAUUAGAAGCCCUAUUUACUAAAGAGUUGGAGAAAGUAUAUGACCCCAAAAAUGAGGAGGAUGAUAUGGUGGAAAUGGAGGAAGAACGGCUUAGAAUGAGGGAACAUGUAAUGAAUGAGGUUGAUGCUAACAAAGACCGAUUAGUGACUCUAGAUGAGUUUUUGAAAGCUACAGAAAAAAAGGAAUUCUUGGAGCCAGAUAGCUGGGAGACAUUGGAUCAGCAACAGCUCUUCACAGAGGAAGAACUGAAGGAAUAUGAAAAUCUUAUCUCUUUACAAGAAAGUGAACUUAAGAAAAAGGCAGAUGAACUUCAGAAACAAAAGGAAGAGCUUCAGCGUCAGCAUGACCAACUGGAGGCUCAGAAGCUGGAAUAUCAUCAGGUUGUACAGCAGAUGGAACAAAAAAAAUUACAGCAAGAAAUUCCUCCAUCAGGGCCUGGUGGGGAAUUGAAGCUCCAGCCACACAUUUAAAGUCCGAAGUCCAUCAGAACUUGGAAGAAAACUGUUAAGUCAACAUCUGUGUCGUCUUUUUACCACCCUUUCUUUUUUUCUGCUCAAUAAAUAUUUUAAAGCAUAUAUGGAAUAAAGGAAGAUACUUUUUAAAUGAGAACGCAUCUUUUCAGGACAGAGAUAUUUAAGGAUUGAAGUCCACCACAAUCAGGAAGAAUACAGUACCUGCUCUCACUUUCAUACCUCUCUUCUUUUUAAUUUGUUCUCCUUCAAUGAUUUAAUUAAGUGGCCAUAAUUAUGCCAUAAUUUAAUGAAACUAGCAGUAACUGUUUAAAAGUGAGAACAUUCUGUAUUGCUUUUAAAGUGAAUUUAUAUUGUUGUCACUUACUCAUAAAGAUAGUCUUUUAUACGUGCCUCUCAUCCCCUCUCUUGAUAAAAGUCUCUGUGAUGUUCAUAAUUUUUCUUCUGAGAAGACCACACUUUCCCCCAGUGUUUCCUCUUAACUUCUUCCUACUUCCAGCAACCUUAACUGCUAGAAAUUCUGCUACUGAAUAGCUUUUGCUAUCACUUCCGGUCAUGUUUUGGUUCACAUUUUUGCUUUCUACUCUAUUACUUAAGAUCAGGUUCUGCUACAAAAAAACCCCAGAAAAACCAAAGAUAACAGUGUUUUAAACUAAAUAGGAAUUCUUCCCUCUUCCAUAAAGGAAAUCUGGAGGUAGGUGGUGUCCAGGUUCCUACCUCUCUGCUCUGUUAUCCUCAGUGCAUGGUUUUUAUCCUCAAGUUACCUCAUUCUCACUGUCCAAGAUUGCUUUUGAAGGCAGUGGGCAAGAGGAGGAAAAGGAACUCCCCCCCCCCCGGCCCCAAGUUGCAUCAGCUUCCUGGAGUCGAUGUUCCUAGAUUUGAACUUACGUCUCAUUGGUCAUGUAGCUACUAGGGAAGCUGAGAAAGCCAUGUGGCAUUGGGACCAGCUAAAAGUUAGGAUCUUUAACUAAAGAAGAAGCAGGUCAUGUUUGGUAGGCAACUUUCAGUGUUAGUCCAGACAGCUUUAUUGGCUACUUAUGUAUCUGUAUACGCUCUUCUGAAACAUAGAAAACAUCACUUGUCCGGCCGCAAAAGGAAAUGCCCCACAUCCAAUCCAUUAUUGCAUAUAACUCAAAGACCAUGAUACCCUUGUAUAGUCCCCUCUGUCGGGUUAGGAUGUGGCACCUCAUGUUCUGGCCAUCCACAAACUAAAAAACAAGGUGUCUGCCUCCUGAGUACCAAAUGCAUAAUGGUGGGAUAGGGACAGGAUAACUGCAAUAAAAUUGACUUUCCAGAAGAGGGGACAAUAGCAGCCACUGAUCCAUAACACUUAAAAGGUACUGCUUGGCCAAAAAUAAGAAGGUCUCUCUGCUCUGUCUAUAAAUACAUUCCUUGGUUUUUGCAUCAGGAAACCCCUGAUUCACUUUUGUGGGAGGAAUUCCCUUGUCGAAUGUCCUCAAGGGCCCUUGGUGCUGCCUUCUAGGAAGUUUUUAUUGUCCAUUAACUUUCAAGGACACAUUUGAGCGGGCAUUGGAAAGUGUGCUGGUCUUGGGGGCUGGACAGCUUUAGUUCUUCACUUCCUGUUAUGGUGGGUUAGGGGCUUGGGAAUUGUUCUAGAUAGUUACAGGCUGUUGCUGGCCAGGUUUGGGGUUUGUGUUUGUUUUGGUUUUGGUUUGGUUUUUGGCAAAAAAAAAAAGUUCCCUAAAAACUUAGUAUGUUUCUGGUCUGUCUUUUGCAAUUAUUACCAUGAGUCACCACAAAGAUCUUGCCAAGACACAGUUUUUAACAAAGAACAUCAUCUUUUCCUUGCUGGCUUCUGUGCUCUCUCUCUCUCUCUCUCUCCCCUUGGGUCUUAAAUGAAUGGUACCUACUUGGGACCAUUUUAAACUGUAGGCUUGGGUGGGAUGGCAACAAUCGGAGUCUGAUCUCUUUCCUUACGAUGGCUCCCAUUACUUGGCAGAAGAUUCUUAAGAAAGGUUGAGGCAGAAAAAGGAAAGGCAGAAAAAGGUUGAGGAAGCUUUAGCAGCUUCCUCAGAACCUUAACUUUGUAACUAUUUCAGUUUGGAGUAUGGUAGUAGCUCACUUUUUCAAUUUUUUAGGGCUCCAGAUUGGGGACUCUUGUCAAUUUAUUUUGUGGAGAGCCAUUCCCUUGGCAAAACUCUGUUCCUUUCCAUCUCUGCAGUUGUUAACCUUAGCCUGAGUCACAUCUCUCCUGUAAGACUUUGCUGAAAGAGGCUAGAAGCAGGCCACACGUGCUGGCAUUCUGAAGUUCUACCACUACUUCCUCUGAUACCUUAACCUUAGUGGCCUGAGGUCUCACUGCCCAAAACCCUACCUCCUCAGCUAGGCUAACUCCGUAUUUGAGAUCCUUUUACUGGCUGUACCUUACUUCUAGCUACCAAAUUCUGUAUAGGUCAGGAUCCCUGGUUGUAGAUAAAGGAAUCUUCUUUGGCUAUUAAGCAGAAGGGGCUUGACUAAGGGGUGCUUGAUUAAGGGUAGCUCACAGAAUCUUUGGGAAGGCGGAUGAAACAGAACCAAGGCUGAGCCUCAAAGGAACUACAUCACAAGAGUGGGCUGCCAAAGAAGCUGCUGCUUUUGGAACGAUCGAGAAGCUGCCUGUCAGUUCAAGAAGCCUCCUGCUGGAUUAAGGAAGCCGUGAAUGGGUGGCAGCUCUAGAACUGUAGCCCCUCUGCAGUGCUUUGUGUUGGCAAACGUGGACGCCUCCUGUGCUGCCUCUCUCCCCAUGUAACUUGGUUCUGAGCAAAAGUCUCAA